AUGUCGGCGCCCUCCGACGCCGCACCGGCAGUAUCCGCGCCCGCGCCCACGACCACCGCCGCCGCCUCCAGUGGCGGGUUCACCUUCAAGCUCCACCCGCUCGUCAUCGUGAACGUCUCCGACCACCACACCCGCGUCAAGGCGCAGGCCGCCUGCUCCGGUGACAGCUCCUCCUCCUCGUCCGCGGCGGGGGCGGGGGCGGGGGCCGGGCAGCCGCCGAGGGUGUUCGGGUGCGUGAUCGGGGUGCAGCGCGGUCGGACCGUGGAGAUCUUCAACAGCUUCGAGCUCGUGCUCGACCCCGUCUCAGGCACCCUCGACCGCGCCUUCCUCGAGAAGAAGCAGGAGCUCUAUAAGAAGGUGUUCCCCGACUUCUACGUGCUCGGCUGGUACUCCACUGGAAGCGAUGUGCACGACACCGACAUGCAAAUCCACAAAGCCUUGAUGGAUGUUAACGAAAGCCCUGUUUAUCUUCUAUUAAAUCCUACAAUCAACCUCUCCCAGAAGGAUCUCCCUGUGACUAUCUAUGAGAGUGAGUUGCAUGUCAUCGAUGGGAGUCCUCAGCUCAUCUUUGUCAGAUCAAAUUAUACAAUUGAGACUGUAGAGGCUGAGAGGAUUUCUGUGGACCAUGUUGCCCAUCUCAAACCUUCUGAUGGUGGCUCAGCAGCAACUCAGUUGGCUGCUCAUCUUACAGGAAUACACAGUGCCAUCAAGAUGCUCAAUAGCAGGGUCCGUGUUAUCCAUCAGUAUCUUGUUGCCAUGCAAAAAGGUGACAUUCCAGUGGAUAACUCGCUGCUUAGGCAAGUCUCAAGCCUCGUAAGAAGGCUACCAGCUAUGGAGUCACAGAAAUUCCAAGACGACUUCUUAAUGGAAUACAACGACACUCUCCUCAUGACUUACCUGGCAAUGUUCACCAACUGUUCAAGCACAAUGAACGAGUUGGUCGAGAAGAUCAACACAAGCUACGAGAGACCGACUACCAGGAGAGGAGGCCGAGGUGCUUUCAUGUAG